UAAGUCCGUAAUAAUUUAAAUCAAUUCUUUGAUAAGUCGAAUUAUUUCAUAAAAAUUUAUAGUGGUUAAAGAAAAUGUUGUUAGAUGGCUUUCGUUUAGAAAUUCUGGUAAAUAAUGUACCACUACCUGAGGUUACUGAACAAGUCGACCCGCAAAAGAAAAUACUCCCAAGUCCUUCUUAUACUUGCAAUGAGAAUUCUGAAAUACAGUGUAAAAGUCCAGUUACAACUUUUGCAGCCGUUCACGAAUUUGGAGAAAGAUAUGCUAUACGAUUUUCUGCACCAGCUUUAAAAUGUAGUCAUGCAAAUCCAAUAAAAGUGUUUUUAUAUGUGGAUGGAGAGUAUGAUUACUCUUAUACUGAUAUCAAUUCUAAUAAACUUGCUGAUACACGAACGUGCUUUUGGAGCAAAAAUCGGGACAAGAUUUAUUUUUUUAAAUUCGAUCCUACCAUUUGGAAAGGAGAGGCCGAUAAUUAUAAUUCGACUAAAACUUAUUCUUUCGGAGGGCCAGGCGCCGUAUCAGUAUACUUUUAUCGUGCCAAACGCGUUCCAUGGAAUGUAAAUCCUCCACCUGAUUAUGAUGUUGAACCAGCUGUCAUCCCAGAGAGCAAGGAUACGAGAUCUAUCAAAAUCGCAACACAAUAUGAUGUUCAACCUGUACCGAAUCCAUCAAUUACGAGAUUUGACACGUAUUUGCAAGAGCAAGGACCUCCUUUAGCAGUUUUACAUUUACACUAUCGUCCAGCUGCUUACUUAAUUGCUCGUGGGCACAACAUCCCCAAUCCGCGCUUAUCAAUCCAACAUUCUUCACUAAAUGGAAGGAAUUGUAUAUCAACACAAAAUCAUAAUAACAACCAAUUGUUAGAUGUUAAAAUCAAGGAAGAGCCAAUUGUUAUCAAAGAAGAACCAGAAGACACAAGUCCUACGAGGGGAAAAAGAAAAACCAAACCUGCAGAAAUAAUUAUUAUUAGCGAUGAUGAAGACGAUGAUGAUUCACAUAAGGCUAAAAAAUUAUGUCCCUGAAUUAUUUAUAUAGAAACGGAUUACGCGUCAUAUAUUUUAACCUAGAAUGAUGUCGGGUAAAGUUUAUUAUAUGUCAAAUUUUUUUUUAUUUAUUCUUUCCCCUUUCUGUUAAAUGUAUAUAUCCCUUACUGGCAUACAAAAGUUUUCAACAUUUUUAGUGUUUUAACACAAUUUAGACUAAUAUGAAAUGUUACAAAGCUUUAAAUUUUGUAAAUUAUCC